CCAACAGAAGCUUCAGCAACGAAUUCAGUUAAACAUAUAUUUCAACUAAUAAUAUUAUUGUAUUACAAACAAAAUAAUGAAUACACCAAGGCGGGAGACACGUAGUAUGCAUUUGCAAAAUGUACAAAAGUUUAGUACACCAUUGCGCAUACCACCAUCACCAUUUAUGAAAAAUCUUGGAUACGGAACUGGAGUAAAUGUUUAUAAAUUGGAACGUUCACCUAAAUGUGGAAAAGUGCUUUCACCUUGGGCUGUGAAGCGAAUUUCUCAAAGAACACGUAACAAUGAACACGCUUCUCUCUUUAAUUCACGAAUUCAUGAAGAAGCGAAUAUUUUAAGGAAGCUAUCUCAUCCUAAUAUUGUUGGUUUUCGUGGUAUAAUUAAAAACUCAGAUGGUGUUGAAACAUUAGCACUCGAAUGCUGUAAAACCUCAUUAGGUACUUUGUUAGAAGAUCGCAAUGAGGACAAUGAGGGGGCAUUACCAGCAAAGUAUACACUCAAAAUGAUUAAUGAUAUAAUAAGUGCGUUGGAUUAUUUACAUACAGAAGUUAAAUUAUUACACGGUGACUUGAAAUCGUUUAACGUAUUGGUGAAAGGUGAUUUCGAAAUAUGUAAAUUAUGCGAUUUUGGUGUAAGCUUGCCAAUGGACGAAAAAGGAUUGAUUGACUUCACCAAAAAUCCGAAAUUACGAUAUGUUGGUACAAAUCUUUGGUCUGCACCCGAAAUAAUCGAUGAAGUGGAAGUCAUCGAUUGCAAAGCAGAUAUUUUUAGUUUCGGUUUAAUAAUAUAUGAAACCAUUUCGUUAGUGCCACCACAUACACUAUUUAUGGGAGAGACCAGCGACCGUGAAAACUCUAAUUCAUCAAACUUGGCUGACAACAGUAGUGCAGAAUUAGAAGUGUCCGAAAUUUGCGAAUAUGCUUGUGGUACACGGCCACCACUACCCCAAGCAUUCCAAUUAACGGAUGAAUACAAUAUAAUUAUGGAGAUAUUUUAUUGUUGUACAAACGAAAGUGCCGAAGAUAGACCAACAGCGAAAACAAUAUGGACAAUGUUGCAAAAGGAUAAUGUUACCGACAAAGAUAACCAAACGAUGCAAUAAUUGAGUAGAGAAUUGACUAAUUAAAAAAUAAAUCAGAAUUAUUAAUGUCAGAUAAUACAAAGAAGAAUGACUAAAUAAGAAAUUAAUGUUCAAAAAAAAAAAAAAAAAUUUUAUUUUAUGUUGCUAA